AUGUCCAAGUACGUUUCCAGAGUCAACGAGCUACUCCGCGAUGGUCUUUACACCCAGUUAAAACAAGAUCCCUCGCCGAAUGAAUUAAAAACCAUCCGCAGUGCCAUAAAAACAAGUAAGCUUUUUUAUAACUGUUUUAAUUUAAUCCCUUCUGUUUCACACUGUGCUAGAUUUUACGCUCUGCCUAAAGUCCAUAAGAUCGGAGUACCUUUAAGACCUAUUGUUUCCAACAUACGCACCGCUUCUUAUGGACAGGCCAAAUUUCUCACUUCUAGGUUUGCCCCAUUGCUGGACUCCAACACACAUUCUGUCAAACAUUCUGUUGAUUUUGUUAAUAUUCUUCGUAGGUUCAAACCUAAUAAUUUACUUAUGGUUUCUUUUGAUGAUAAAUCUCUUUUUACCAAUGUACCUGUUAUUGGAGCCUUACGGUGUCUUGAAACAAGACUCCGGGAAUUCCAUCACACCUAA